UUCAUUAAGUGGGUGGCUGCGGGUGUGUCGGCCCGAGUAGUCAAGGGUGCUCCCGCCUCCUUUUCGUGGCUCCUUCCAUUUUCUUUCUGCGGCUUGGUCCCCACCUAUUUUUUUUUUUUUUCCUAAAGGGGAAGCCCGGGGGUGUUGAUUAUACGUUGACUGUCCGCCCUCGCUUAGCCCCUCAGUGCUUUCUUCUAAGCUUCCCCGCCGCCUCCCUAGGUCGAGCCUCGAGUGCCCCUAGCCUUACUCACCCCAUCCCCCGUACCCCCAGGGUGGGAUGCUUUGUCCUCUGUUCGGGUCACAGUCGUAGCAGCCACAGCCGCCGCCGCCGCCGCACCUGCAGCAGGUCUCAAUAUGAAUGGGGCGAACGACCCGCACUUCUUUAUAAAAGAUAUUAAGCCUGGGCUGAAAAACUUAAAUGUCGUCUUUAUUGUCCUGGAGAUAGGACGAGUGACCAAAACCAAAGACGGCCACGAAGUCAGAUCCUGCAAAGUAGCUGAUAAGACGGGAAGCAUCACUAUUUCUGUGUGGGAUGAAAUCGGAGGUCUUAUCCAGCCUGGGGAUAUUAUUCGAUUAACCCGAGGAUAUGCAUCCAUGUGGAAAGGGUGUCUGACUCUUUAUACCGGAAGAGGAGGUGAACUUCAGAAAAUUGGGGAAUUUUGUAUGGUAUACUCAGAAGUGCCAAACUUCAGUGAACCUAACCCAGACUAUCUUGGACAGCAGAACAAAGUGGCACAUGGUGAACAAAAAAAUAAUUCUUCGGCAAGUAAUUUGGGUACAGGUACAUUUGGGCCAAUAGGAAAUGGUGUACAAACUGGACCUGAAUCAGGGCGAUUCCCAGUUUCAUAUAAUCAUGCCCACUCCUAUGCAGGUACUGGGAGAGCCAAUGGACGAGGACCUGUAAACCCACAGCUACCAGCAGCAGCUAAUGUUCAGCCAGUUGUGACCACAAUAAGUAAUGGGAGGGACCCCCGGAGAGCCUUUAAAAGAUGACCUAUGCCAAAUGUUCACAUACAGCUUGCCUAAACUACAUGAUGCCCUACUUGAACACUUAUUGCACUUUUAUUUAUGGUUAUCUGUGAAAAGUUUUGUCUUUUAUUGGUAUGUUUUUAUGUUUUGGUUUGUUGAGAACAAGUGAUUUGUUUUAUGAUAAUGCAAUUAAGCUGCUUAAAUACCAUCCGAAAGAAUGGUCUAUAAAGGAGGGAAAUAGUUUUGGAACAAAAGC